AUUCGCACCCUCGGUCUGCACCGCGCAGUCGGGCGCCAGAAACCCUCCAGGCCCCAGCCGGGUCCGAGGGAGAAGGGUGCGGCUGGAUUCAACACCCGCCCCAGGGAAAGAAGGUGAGUCUAUUCGGUUUGCAAGAAAGGUCUCGCGUGUUAUCUUGGGCGGGGGGAUGAUACGAUCGUAUUCUAAUUAUCGACCCCCAGUGGAUCUGUCCCGCGUCCUAGCUGCUGCGGCGUUCAGGGGGCACGUAAGAGACACCUGAGGAGGACACUAAACCAACAUUAAGGCAGCAGACAAGGGAAGCCGCCGAAGCUAGGAAAUCAAAGUGGACCGCGCCGGGCUGGGGCCGCACUGGGGCGGAGGACCAGGGCACAGGCGAGCUAGCGGAGGAGUCGGCUGAGGCCAUUCAGCCGCUGAUUUUCGUCCUGGAACAGACUUCGCGUAAACACACCGAGCCAUUCAGAGCUCUCUCCAGGUCACAUUCUGAGGCUCCGGCCCCGGAACUCCGGGCUAGACGACCCCGCCCCGGAACCUUGUGUCACCGGCACUAAAUGCAGAAGUUCCUCUGGUUGCCACCGGACGCAACUGUCAGGUGACGCUUCCGGCGCAGAAAAAUGGCAGCCGCCGCUCGGGGCUCACGUGUGAGUGAGGAAGAAAACCCGAAAAAGACCCCAAAGAAGAAGAUGAAAAUGGUAACUGGAGCCGUAGCGUCGGUGCUGGAAGACGAGGCCACAGACACUUCUGAUAGUGAAGGUUCUAUAGGAAGCUGUGGAUUGGAAAAGGACCACUUUUAUUCUGAUGAUGACGCAAUAGAAGCUGACAGUGAGGGUGAUGCUGAGCCCUGUGACAAAGAAAAUGAAAAUGAUGGAGAAUCAAGUGUUGGGACUAAUAUGGGCUGGGCAGAUGCCAUGGCUAAAGUCCUCAACAAGAAAACUCCUGAAAGUAAACCUACUAUUCUGGUCAAAAAUAAGAAGCUGGAAAAGGAAAAAGAAAAGUUAAAGCAAGAAAGACUAGAGAAAAUAAAACAGCGUGAUAAGAGGCUGGAGUGGGAAAUGAUGUGCAGAGUAAAGCCAGAUGUUGUCCAAGACAAAGAGACAGAGAGAAAUCUUCAGAGAAUUGCAACAAGGGGUGUGGUGCAAUUAUUUAAUGCUGUUCAGAAACAUCAAAAGAAUGUUGAUGAAAAGGUUAAGGAAGCUGGAAGUUCUAUGAGAAAGCGUGCUAAGUUGAUAUCAACUGUUUCCAAGAAAGAUUUCAUCAGUGUUUUGAGAGGGAUGGAUGGAAGUACAAAUGAGACUACUUCAAGCAGGAAGAAACCAAAAGCCAAACAGACUGAAGUGGAAUCAGAAGAAGGCCCAGGUUGGACGAUCCUACGUGAUGAUUUCAUGAUGGGAGCAUCUAUGAAAGACUGGGACAAGGAAAGUGAUGGGCCAGAUGACAGCAGACCAGAAUCUGCAAGUGACUCUGAUACAUAAAGCAUCAUAGGAAAUACAAUUGCAGUCGUUUUAUUUUUUCUAGAAAAAUAUGUCAUCCUCUGAUAGUUGGGGAAUUAUAAGCAUACCAUUUGUAAGAAAGCCAAAAGACUUUUGCCAGAUUUCAUAUUUCCCCUUUUCAUGUACACUUUAUAUAUACUUCAUUAAAAUUAUAUUUUAAACCCUUGUAUAAUUUUAAGCAUUGUUCCUCAGAACAUUUGUAAAAGGAUAUAUUUCUGCUUGACCAGCGAGAUAUUCAUUUUGCCAGGAUCAUAUUGGUCAUGUCUAUUGGUGUAUUAUUUCAGUAUCACCAAUGUUUUCAGAAAUACAGUACUAAUUCAUCAUUAAACUCUUUGAAGUUAAUAUUUCUCUGCCUUCUAACUUAUAGACUCAACUAUGUAUCUGUAGUUUUUGGGAAUGGUUGGUGUUUUUUGCUUUGUGUUGGGAAGUUAUUGAGAAAACCUAUAUAAUAAAAUUUAAAAUUAUA